AAAAAAAAAAAAAAAAACGGAUAAAUGCAUAUUAAGAGACACCGAAAUGAGUGUACCCAAACAUUUUCCAACUUUCUACGUUGUGUAAGAAAGAAAUUGAAACACAUUACCUACUCGUUCAUUUACUUACUCUCUAAAGGUGUGAAGUCACUUAUAAGACACACAAAUGUUAAAAAUAAAACUGAAAUGAACUCCCUAUAAUACUCACAUAUAAAAUUCACAAAUGCUAAUUGUAAUUUUUUACAUACUUCCAAAUAUAGAUCAAGUUUGUUUAUCUGUUAAUAUUUUCUUGUUGUACACCUUAUGGGAUUCGAAGAAGAAAAUUAAGCAAUAAAUCGUCCCCUUUUCACACAUAAAAAAAUAUGAAUAAUGGCAACCCUAUUCAUACUGUUAUGUUUUGGUGUAAUUCUCUCUGCAAAGAGAACAAAGCUGUUUCAUUCUGCACACAAAAGUUGCCGUGUCAAAGUGGAAAAGAGCUAAAAUAAAUCAAAAAAGAAAGAUUCAGUAAUUUAAUAAUUAUAUAGUGAAAUUGUAAAAAAAGGAAACCUAACUAUGGAAGAGGAAAUCCCAAACGAUACCUCCCCUGCGCAGGUUGACGCUCAACUAAUUGCUACGCUAUGUGAAAUAGAUAAAUGUAAUUAUUUAUAUUUAUUUGAAAGAUGCAAACAAUUUAAUGUCAAUGCUAGACAGCUACGUUACUUUGAAAAAGAUCAUGUUCGAGAGUUAAUACCUAAAACUCAACUUGGCAUUCGGGCUGAAUUUGAAUUCUUGCUGAAGGCAUGGAAAACUCGUAAUGGUUCCUUUAAUCCAACGGAAAAUCAUAAAGAAGCCUGUUCAAGUUGCUCCAGUAAACAUACACAAACUAAAGUACAACAUAUGGGAUCAAGAUUAUCUAAUGAAGACAAUUUAGAAUUACAAAAAAUAUGCAAUUCUGAUAGCAGUAACGUAAUUACUGAUCAUCAAGAUUUACUUACAUUUUCAACUUAUGCUGAAGAUCACUUAAGUUUUAGUACCUGCAAUCCUGGAUCUGCUGUGGAGUCUGGUAAUAUGAAUGUUAAAGUUGAUGUGGAGAGUUUUCCUUUAACAACCAUUAUACCAACAGUGUUAAGAUGUUGCGAAAAGAAUUACAAAAAUGCAAAAUUACUAACGGAAGAGGAUCGUCGUUUAAUGGCUAGAUCAAUAAUAGAUUAUUUUGAUUCUCGAAAUAUAAGAUUGCAACCUCAAAUCAUGAAUAACUUAGCCGAACAAAUUACUCAAUAUUUUCCCACCGAGAAUAAGAAAGCUUGGUAUGAUCGGCAUCGCGGACGCCUUCAAGCGCGUCGCUAUACUGCACGACAACGAGUGGGCUCGUAUCGUAAGAAACGUAGAAUAACCGCCAUUAAAACAUUAAGGAAGAAAGAACAUUCAAAAGAUUCCACACUUCAAGAGGACAUUGAAGCCAUGGAGCAAGACGAAGGUGGCCAACGAAUACAGAACUGGUUAAAAUGUUACAAAUGUGAAGACUUUAAUGAAGUUAUGGAUAUGUGGGAUGACACGUUGAACUAUAGAAAUUUGCAGAUUAAAUAUUUAAAAGCAAAUGAUUUGGAGAGUGUCAGAGAGUUCUUGGACAGCUGGCCUUCGUAUAAAUUACCGAGUGGUUACAAAUUGUUUGCCAUGGACUUUGAACAAAUCUACCCUAUCACAAUGUCAACAUAUAAACAUCGUUGGCUUAUCUUUAAGGAAAAAGUUGUGCAUUUAAUGGAAACUGAAAUUAAAGAUAGUACAUGUGUCGAUUUGCUGAAACUAUAUAAAGUCGAGAAAGGAAACCUAAAUGAUGAUAGCAUUGCCUGUACCUUAAUUCAUUUAUUGCACGCUAUGACAAAACCUGUGCGUUCUUGGAAAAGCAAAAAUGGCAAUCAUCGCUACUCCGCAGCGGAUUCGCAACGAUCGGUAACACGUUUAAUUAAUGACCCUUCGGAAUGUUUUGUCUAUAAUGAACCGUAUCCUUGCAUUUUUGUGAUGGGUGAAAGCUUCUUGGAAAUCCGAGAAUGUUAUAUUGUCUUUCAAAGUCUAAAAUAUAAACUAAGUUUCGAAGAUGCUUUAGCAACUGCUAUUCAUUUGUAUGCGUUAUUUAAAUUGGAUGACCCGUUGCCAUCUGUAUACUUUUGGCAAUUUAUACGAAGCUAUUUCUUUGACAUUAAAAAAAAUGAUGAAACUUCUCAUAAAACUAUAGAAGUGGUUGUCAAAUAUUUGAAAACAGCUGAUACGAAACUUUGUUAAGUCACACAUAAUCAUACAUAAAUCAUAGUCACACAACAAGACGUUUGGAAAAAAGGGCAUUUUAUUUUUAUUAUGACCUUCGCUAUAAAACAUUCUUUCUGUCGGGGAAAAAUAUUGGCAUUGAAAAUUGACAAUCGUGGAAAUUAUUUCAAAAACUAAGAAAGGAAAGAACUAAAUAACAUAAACGUAGAAUGCAAGAAAAAAAAAAUUCGAAAUUUCAAGAAGAUGGAUUAACUAUAA